UAGGGGAGGUGUUUGGAUGCUACUACCGGGUUGGGCGGGUCGCAGCUGGGAGGGGUUUGUCGUAGGGUGAUCCCUAGGCCCCCGCCCGCUGACAUGGAUGAGGAUGGACUUCCUCUCAUGGGGUCAGGCAUAGACCUGACCAAGGUGCCAGCUAUUCAACAGAAAAGAACCGUGGCAUUUCUAAACCAAUUUGUGGUGCACACUGUACAGUUCCUCAACCGCUUUUCUACAGUUUGUGAGGAGAAAUUGGCAGACCUUUCUCUUCGUAUCCAACAAAUUGAAACAACUCUCAAUAUUUUAGAUGCAAAGCUGUCAUCUAUUCCAGGCCUAGAUGAUGUCACAUUUGAAGUAUCUCCUAUAAGCAUCACUGGCAUCAGAAGUGAAUCACACUCUGAAACCACUUCAGAGCAAUCACAGCAGAACAGUUUACAAGACUCUGGACCACAGGAAAGUGAAGUAACACCAGAAAAUAUCUUAACUGUAGCCAAGGAUCCAAGAUAUGCCAGAUAUCUCAAAAUGGUUCAAGUGGGUGUUCCAGUGAUGGCAAUAAGAAACAAAAUGAUAUCGGAAGGAUUAAACCCAGAUCUUCUUGAGAGACCAGAUGCUCCAGUGCCUGAUGGCGAAGGUGAAAAAAACACAGAAGAAAGUUCAGAUAGUGAAUCUUCUUUCAGUGACUGAGUUUAAUUUUGAUAACAAUUACAUAUGUGUGUGUAGGUGUACAUUUACAUUCUAUACGAAAGAGAACCUGAGCUUGGACACUUAGUUAUAAAAACAUCAAAUAGCCAUAUAUCUACCCCUAGGCUUCCUGUGUUAAAAAAAUAAAAUGUUUAUAACCUGGCA